AUGUCCGCUCCUAAUAUCUCAUUGACUCUCUACUACCAUCCCGAGUGCCCAUUUGUCCACCGGGUUCUCACCACUCUCCGUGAACUCUCCCUCCCGUUUGACACAGUUUUUGUCGAUCUUGAUGUGCCCCGCUCGGCAGAUUACUUGGCCAUAAAUCCCCGCGGGACCGUCCCGGCACUCAAAUUCAGUUCCCCGGAUUUCCGCAAUGGCAAAGAAACGAUUCUGACAGAAAGUCUCGCCAUAAUUUAUUUCCUCGGGAACCUUUUUCCGAAUCAUUUGCUUCCGGCAGCCCCAUCAGCCGGGGUAGUCACUGCUGUGGCUCGUACGAGCAUCUUCUUCUUCAUUAAUGCUUGGGAGAAUAAGAUUACGCCAUUGUUCGACAAGGUAUAUAUGGCAAGCUUUGGGGAUGAGAAAGAGGCGAAAGAAGUCGAAGAUAUGGUAGUAGGAGCUAUUGAGAAGGAGAUUGAUCCCUUGUUGAAAAGGCAGGAUGAAGACGGCGGAGGAGCGUUCCUUGGAGGGAGGGAAAAAUUCACGAUGGCUGAGGUUGUAGCGGCGCCAGUCAUCCUUCGGCUCUUCGCAUUCUGUGACGGCGGACUACUUCCGCGAUCUUUCAAGGCGAAUCUACUUGCGCUACCGAAUUUUGGAAAAUGGGCAAGUGAACUAGUUAGAAACGAAAGCCUGUUGAGAGGGUGGGACGAAGCUGGUUUUGUGUCAGGGUCAAGGACGAAGCUGCAAGAGUUCAAGGAGGGGAAGUUCAGGCCAAAGAUUUGUACGCAAUAG